AUAAGGCAAAGAGAUUCAGCUAGUAGGGGAGAUCGCUACAUGUUGCUGACUUUUGAAGAGCCUCCUGCAAAUAUCAAAGCUGGCUGGAAAGAAAGUUUGGCCACUUUCAUGACGGAACUCAAGAAUUUGCAAUCUGUUGGAAUGACUACUCUUGGUGCUGCAUUGAAAUAUGCAUUUGAUUUACUGAACAUAAAUCGAAUGCAGACGGGUAUCGAUACUUACAGUCAGGGCAGAUGUCCUUUCUAUUUGGAACCAUCGAUCAUAAUUGUCAUCACUGAUGGUGGACGCCUCUCGACUACACUCGGUGUCCAAGAGGAAGUGAGUGAAAUCAAUUUCCUUU